AUGGAGACUCUGGAAGAAGUUGAACUCUGCUUUCCACAACUCCUCAACAUGUCCUGCAAGAGGCCAAAGCGUUCUCACUUUGAGAUUAUAAUGUCGUACAUUAUACUGUCCUCCAUCAUUGUGCUCAGCACAACUCUGAACCUGCUGGUCAUCAUCACCAUCUCACACUUCAAGCAGCUCCACACCCCCACCAACCUCCUCCUUCUCUCUCUGGCUGUCUCAGAUUUCUUUGUGGGCCUCCUCAUGUUCUUCCAAAUUAUGCUCAUAGAUGGCUGCUGGUACCUCGGUACGUUCAUUUGUAUGCUGUAUACUUGUCUAGGAUAUAUUAUUACUUCUACCUCAGUAGGAAAUAUGGUGCUGAUAUGUGCUGACCGCUACGUGGCUAUUUGUCAUCCUCUGCAUUACUCCACCAAAGUCACUCAAAAAAGAGUUCAAGUCUGUGUUUCUCUGUGUUGGAUAUGUUCUAUAAUCUUUCAAAUACUGGUGCUUAAGGAUAACUUUGAACAACCAGGCAGCGCUAUUUCUUGCAUUGGUGAGUGUGUGGCUGUCAGUAACUACAUUGCAGAACUUGCUGAUCUGAUUUUAUCCUUUAUCGGUCCUGUUAUUGUCAUCAUAGUUCUGUAUAUGAGAGUAUUUGUGGUGGCUGUGUCUCAGGCUCGUGCCAUGCGGUCUCAUAUUGUAGCUGUCACACUUCAGGGUUCAGUGAAAGUAAAUGUUAAGAAAUCUGAGAUCAAAGCAGCCAGGACUCUUGGUGUUGUUGUAGUUGUUUUUCUAAUAUGCCUCUGCCCAUAUUACAUUGUGUUCCUUAGUGCCCAGGACGCUAUUAUCAAUGCUUCAUCAUCCUUUGUAAUAUGUAUGUUAUAUUUUAAUUCAUGUUUAAACCCGAUUAUCUAUGCCUUUUUCUACCCCUGGUUCAGAAAAUGUAUUAAACUCAUUGUUACACUUGAGAUACUGCGGCCUGACUCCUGUGAGGCCAACAUAUUGUAGAGAGAGAGAGAGAGAGA